AUGUUAAUUAUAUUUCCAGUUGAAGCUCCACAUAGGAAGAUAAAGGCGAAUGAUCAACUCUACAAUGCCGAAUUCAAAUACACAAAUAAUUACAUCUCAACGUCCAAGUACAGUGUUAUAACAUUCAUACCGAAGAAUUUGUUCGAGCAGUUCCAGAGGAUUGCAAACUUUUAUUUUCUAAUACUGCUCGUUCUGCAGUUGAUCCCCCAAAUUUCUUCCCUCACUCCACUGACAACCAUCAUCCCACUGAUUGCUGUCCUGACUAUCAGUGCUAUAAAAGAUGCCGUUGAUGAUUGGGUAAUUAACAACCGGUCGACAUGGGUGCUUUCCAGUGGUGGCAAGUUGGUUGAGGAAAGAUGGCGUCGUGUUGUUGUCGGGGACAUCAUCAAACUAGAGAAUAACCAAUUCGUUACUGCCGACUUGUUGAUUCUAUCCUCAAGCGAGCCAAACAGCUUAUGCUACGUGGAGACAGCUGAACUUGACGGCGAAACCAACCUGAAAGUCAGGCAGGCGUUGGCCGUCACUGGCAAAAUGGAAAGUAACCUGGAACAGAUGUCUGAAUUUGACGGCCUAAUCGAAUGCGAGUCGCCGAAUAACAAUUUGAAUACCUUUGAAGGGGUCUUAUAUUACGACGACGAAUCAUACUCUCUCAGUAACAAUAACCUUCUCCUCCGCGGUUGCAUCCUCCGAAACACGGAAUGGUGCUUCGGACUGGUGGUGUUUGCCGGGAAGGACACGAAGCUGAUGAUGAAUAGUGGCAAGGGCACUUUCAAGAGAACCAACAUCGAUAAACUUCUCAACAAGCUCAUCAUAGGGAUUUUCAUCUUCCUCUUCCUAAUCUGUGCCUUCUGUUCGAUUGGUUGCGGCAUCUGGGAACUGAAGCUGGGCUAUCAGUUCCAGCACUUCCUCCCCUGGGAGACAUACGGGGUCACGGUGUCGGCCCUUCUUGUCUUUCUCUCCUACUUCAUUGUCCUCAACACGCUGGUACCAAUCUCGCUGUACGUUAGCGUGGAGAUGAUAAGAUUCGGACACAGCUGGUGGAUAAACUGGGAUAAAGAGAUGUACUACAAACCGCUGGAUAUUCCCGCCAAAUCCCGAACUACUACCCUCAACGAAGAACUUGGUCAGAUCCGGUUUAUAUUUUCCGAUAAGACCGGUACCUUAACUCAGAACAUAAUGGCAUUCCUCAAAUGUUCCAUCAAUGGUAUUAAGUACGGUCAUUCGUCUGACGAUCCUAAGCUUAAAGAGCAAAAAGGCAGACGAGUAGAUUUUUCAGACAAUCCCAUGUACGAGCCGUCGUUCAAGUUCUACGACCAGGAUCUCUGGGAGCAAGUGAAACGCGGGAAUCCUCACGUACACAUGUUUUUCCGUCUGCUCUCCUUAUGUCACACUGUCAUGCCGGACACUGUUUCAGGUAACUUGGAAUACAAAGCACAGUCGCCUGAUGAGGGUGCGCUAGUUUCCGCCGCCAGGAAUUUCGGUUUCGUCUUCAAAGAUCGAUCGAUGAACUCCAUAACGGUUGAGGUGAUGGGCAGGACAGAGAUACAUGACCUUCUCGUCAUCCUCGACUUCACUAACGAACGGAAACGAAUGUCUGUUAUAUUGAAGAAAGACAACAGGAUAACUCUGUACUGCAAAGGGGCUGAUUCAACUGUUUUCAAACUACUGGAUAAGAAGUCGCAUGCUCUUAUGACCGAGACUAACAAUCACUUGAAUUUGUUUGCACAGAAUGGUCUGAGAACAUUAGUUUGUGCCUUCAAAGAGAUAGAUCCGUUUUUCUAUCAACAAUGGGUUCAUAAAUAUCACAAAGCCAGCGUAGCACUGGUGAACAGAGCCGAAAAGUUGGAGGAGGUGUACGAGGAGAUAGAGCGGGGCAUGGUCCUGAUAGGAGCCACAGCCAUCGAGGACAAGCUGCAGGACGGUGUCUCACAGACCAUCAACAACCUGGUGGCCGCCAACAUGAAGUUCUGGCUACUCACUGGCGAUAAGAUUGAGACUGCAGUGAACAUCGGCUACAGUUGCGGCCUCUUGAAGGACGAGAUGGAGGACGUGUUCAUCGUCGACGAGGAAACGAGGCAAGCCACCGUGAAGACGGUCGAGGAUAAGUUGAAAAUUAAUAAAGAUGUUUUGAACGCUCCUGCUAAGAAUUCGGCUACCGCUAAUUUAUCUAGUAUGAGUUUUGUGGGUUUAUUUUCUGCUAAUUCGUCUCCUUCUUCUAGGGUCCCAGAUCUUGCAGUUGCGGGUGCAGCUGUGAAGUUCGAAAGUAGGGAAGAUGAUGAGAGGGGAAAGAGAGAGGCUCUGUUGAAGAAGUCGAAGGCUGACGACGAGAAGAAGAAAGAGAAGAGUCGGAAAGGUGGGGAGAUGGAGGAUGGUCUGUCCUCCUCACUCGGCGCCUUCGCUCUCGUCAUCAGUGGAGCCAGUCUGUUGUACAUGUUAGAAAGUGACUUGGAAGACAUGUUCUGCGAGCUCGGGUGCUCCUGCUCGACUGUCAUCUGCUGCCGAGUGACCCCCCUACAGAAGGCCAUGGUGGUCGACCUGAUCAAGAAAAAAAAGAAAACAAUUACACUGGCUAUCGGCGAUGGCGCCAAUGACGUCAGCAUGAUUAGGACUGCUCACAUAGGUGUCGGUCUGAGUGGCCAAGAGGGUAUGCAAGCUGUCUUAGCUAGCGACUUCUCACUCGCCCAGUUUCGAUACCUGGAAAGGUUGCUGCUGGUUCACGGCAGGUGGUCCUAUUUAAGGAUGUGCAAAUUCCUCAGUUACUUCUUCUACAAAAAUUUUGCGUUCACAUUUUGCCACGUCUGGUAUGCAUUUUUCUGCGGGUUCUCUGCUCAGACUCUAUACGAUGAGGCCUUCAUAUCGUUGUACAACAUAUGCUACACAUCACUGCCAGUACUUGCUCUGGGCAUAUUUGAACAGGACGUUAAUGACGAUUACAGCCUGACCUAUCCAAGCCUCUACACGCCAGGCCAUAAAAAUUUAUUCUUCAACAAGAAAAUUUUUGCCAUGAGUGUAGUGGAGGGGGUGGUUUCUUCGCUGGUCCUCUUUUUCGUCCCCUAUGCCUCUUUCUACAACGCCGUCAAACCGAACGGGCAAGACCUCGGGGGCCACAAGGCGUUCGGCACUAUCGUCGCUAGUUCGCUCAUUGUUACUGUUACACUUAGGUGUGCCUUAGACACUUGGUUCUGGACAGGUUUCAAUCAUUUUGUGAUAUGGGGCAGCAUCGUCUUCUACUUCGCGUUCACCUUCAUCUUCUACUCAGAACUCUUCGACUACACGUACCUAGGGACGUCCGAGAACGUCAUGGGCACGACGAACUUCUUCUUCACGCUCAUCCUUGUCGUCACCAUGCUUCUGCUUCCUGUCGUUUCUCUCAGAUUUUACAGGUUGAAUAAGAACCCGACACUAACAGACCUAGCGCGAGUGAAACAGCGCGAAACGCACUACAAAAACGCGCGUCUGAGUCGCCUGACACGCGGUCCCAAAGCCUCCUCUGUGGCUAACCUGAUGGUCAGGCAGAGGAGUGGCUACGCAUUCUCUCACCAGGAAGGCUUUGGAAAUCUUAUCACAUCCGGUUGGUUGAUUGAUUGGUUGGUUGACUGA